UGGGACAAAUGAGUGUUUGCCAUGCAGCUUGCCAUCUUAAGAGUUACUGUCUUCUUGCCCUGGUGUUUCACCAUUCCAGUGCCCCCUGAUACAGAUCAUAAAGGAUGGGACUUUGUUAAGGACUAUUUCCAUCAGUUUUUCCUGACCAAGAAGGAGUCGCAACUUGAGACAGAAACACAGCUCCUGCAACAAUUCCAUCAGAAUGGGACAGGCCUACUUGAUAUGCAGAUGCAUGCUAUGCUGCACCAGCCCCGCUGUGGGGUGCCUGAUGGAUCCAAUACCACCAUCUCGCCAGGAAGAUGCAAGUGGGAUAAGUACUCUCUGACUUACAGGAUUAUCAAUCACCCACAUGAUAUGAAGCCAUCCACAGUGAAAGACAAUAUAUAUAAUGCAGUUUCUAUCUGGAGCAGUGUGACUACUCUGAUAUUCCAGCAAGUGCAGAAUAAAGACGCAGACAUCAAGAUUUCUUUCUGGCAGUGGGACCAUGAAGGUUGUUGGCCCUUUGAUGGGCCAGGUGGUUUCUUGGGCCAUGCCUUUUUACCAGAUUCUGGAAAUCCUGGAGUUGUCCAUUUUGACAAGGAUGAACACUGGUCAGCUUCAAACACAGGAUUUAAUCUGUUCCCGGUUGCAACUCAUGAGAUCGGGCAUUCUUUGGGCCUGAAGCACUCUGGGAAUCGGAACUCCAUAAUGUACCCCACUUACUGGUAUCAUGACCCUAGAACCUUCCACCUCAGUGCCGACGAUAUCCAAAGGAUCUAGCAUUUGUAUGGAGAAAAAUGCUCAGCUGGCAUGCCCUAAUGCUGGCACAGAGGGCUUAUUCAGCCGGUCCUUUCAGAAACUUCACUGGAGAAUCAUAGAACUCAAAGCACCAAAGCAGCCUUGAGGACAGCUAGGACGAAGCCCUAAAGAAUGCAACCUAGUCAGGGCAGCUCAAUCAACACCCAAAACACUACUGAGCCACAAUAAAGAUUGUUUUGAAGAGUAA